AUGCGUACCUCUACUCUGUUUGCCGUUGUGUCGGCACCUCUCAUGGCCCUGGCCGCCCCGAUUCUUAUUGAACGACAAGGAACCUCCAAGUUCUGCACGCGGAUCACACCAGCGCCUUCUGCAGAGGAGACAGAGAAGAGGUUUAACGAGUUCGCUGACCUUUUCCUUGUUGAGAAGGAUGUUUAUAAGGCCUUUGAAUAUAUCCUUCCUGAAUAUAUCAACCACAACCCCAUGGCUCAGAACGGAGCUCAGAAUGCUUUGGACAUUCUCGGUCCGAUCUGGGGAAGUCAGUCGAUAACAGUGCUUCGUACUAAAUUUGAGGGCGAGAUGUCCUGGCUUAACUACAGGAACUCCAUGGGCGAGAUUGUGGAUCGAUACCGCUGGGAGGAUGGUUGCAUUAUUGAGCACUGGGACCAAGGAGAGAAAUUCCCAACUUCUUGA